GCUGCCGGCUAGACUUGGAAAAUUUUCGCAAAUAGUAUACAAAUUCAAUUGUGCACCAACUUUCCAAUCACAAGGGUGGUUUCGGCGUAAUCAAUAAAGCUAGAGAGUGAACGAUUUGUUGAAGUUAGUUCAAAAUGUAUUAAUCAAAAAAUAAAUCUAUAACUAAAGGUUUAUUAAUUAAUAAAAUGUGUUUAAUUUUAUAAACAAGUUCUAGCAUUUAAUAUACAUACAUCUAUAUGUAUGCAUAUGUGUGUAUGUGCACAUAUUGGCAAAUGAAAGUCGAACAAAGGUUGAAUGAGUGUAGUGGGCUAAAAGUGGCUGCCCAAUGACCAGCGUGUUUCUAUGUGUUUUCAAAGUGUAUUACUAAUACAUACACAGCAUAUACUUAAAUGAAAACUUAGAUACUUGUUUGCCUGUAAAAUACACCGCUUAGUGCAUGCUAAUUGAAUUUACAUUAAAAAUUUUAUUAAUAAGCGGUAUUUUCAGUGAUCAUUUAAAAGUGUUUUUUAUGUUGGAAAAAUCAUUAAUUUUAUUUAUUGGCAAAUGCGUUAUGGCUAUAUGCUCACGGAAGUAAUUAAAUUAUUCGUUCAACAUGGAAAAGAGUUCAAACGCAUGCAUCAUAAUAUUAAAUAAUACGUGUAUAAAUGAAAUCCUACUUCUUUUAACAACAACAACUAUGUUUAUGUGAAUGCUUCGCCUGCAUUUCAUAUGCAGAAUAGCGUAAAAAACAACAACAAUAAUAAUUUUCACUCCUACCACAUUCUGUCGAUUGAUAAAGACAGUGAUUUGCACUUCAAUGAAACACAAUUGAAUUUAUAUAACCAGCCACUAAUCAAAAUGACACUCAGCGAUAAAGUCAAUCUCACCGCCAUCACGUGGGCGCAUGCGGUUAACAGUCAGCAAGAGCUAAGCGAGGCGCUCAACAAUGACAUAAACAUGAUUGAGGCGGACAUUGUGCUCGGCAAGCUUAAUAAUACUGGUGAGGAUUUGCCGGUGAUGGCGCAUCCUCCAGCCAACUCCUCGGAUCUCACAUUGGCUGAAUUCAUGUUGCGCAUUUUGGAACACAAUGAGGAGAAUGGCGAGGAUGGGAAGGGUGUCAAAUUGGACUUCAAGUCCAUCGAAGUGUUUGAAGGCUCGCUGGUUAUUCUAAGUGAACUGAUACCAUUGAUGACCCAACCCGUUUGGCUGAAUGCGGACAUAAUUCGCGGACCUGUAAAUCAGUCCACCACAGUGCCGGUUGAUCCGGAGCGUUUUUUCGCUGGCGCUGCGAAAUUCGAAUCAGCCGUACUCUCGAUUGGUUGGACGACACGUUGGGGUGCCGAUUACACAGAAGGUGCUUACACGGACCAGCAAAUCGAUGAAAUGCUGCUUGCAAUCAAAAAUAAUAAUGUGACCGCCAAACAACAUCCAAUUACAUUCCCCGUACGUGCUGGCAUUGCCGCCAACAGUUUGAACCAACUGCAGACGCUGGUGGCUGCUGUCAAUGAGACGAACGACAGCUCACUCACCAUUUGGUCAUCGGCUGGUGAUUUCGUUGAUGUGCCGAAAUUACGGCAGCUCAUAUUCUCGUUCGGCUUAGAUCGCGUCUAUUUGGACGUACCGGCGGAUUUAGCCGAUCAAUUGGAAUUGGAACGCGCGGAAACCGGCAAUGCCUCCGGCAGAUUGCCGUCAUUGCUCAGUUUUAGUGUUGUUAGCGCAUGCUUGUAUUUGACCAGCAUGUGGCUGAGUCGCAUUAGGUUGUAAGUUUUCUUCAAUCAGUGGACAAAUUUCCGGAAGAUGGAAAACAUAUUAAUAUGGAAAGAACGAAAAACUCUGACAGUUGAAUAUUCAACAAUUUAAAGACUAACAUUUAAUGUAACUAAAUAGUGUGCAUUUCAAAAUAAAUUAGAGCAUUUUUUGCAAAAUUUUGAAACUUAA